AUGGGAUUUAAAAUUACAAAUUUCACAGGAGACCCAUUUGCAAUAUCCACUGUGUCCUUUGGCAUAAUAUCAUGGAUAGUGUCAUUAGCUGGUGCUGCAACAUCACAGCAAUCACAAUUUCCUCAUUUUACAUGGUGGGGCAUUGCUUACCAGAUUGUGAUUAUACUCAUCAUUUUCAUAUUGUAUGCCAAUAAUAAUAUUGAACUAUACAAGUUUACUCUUGUUGGUUUAGUCAGUAUUGGGUUCAUUUACACAACAAACUCAACGAACAACUUGAUUUAUAACUCAAAUUCGUCGGGCAACUUAUGCUGCGCAGCUGGAUGCAUUUUAUCGAGCAUUUUGAAUUUGAUAUGGAUAUUGUACUUUGGAGGACACCCUGAGUCUCCAACUAACCAGUUUAUCGAUUCUUUUAGCUACAAGAACCACUCGCAUGAACAAUUGGGCAAUCAGAUUCUUUCAUCAGGCAAAAAUGAGUUAUUUGAUGAAACUCAAGAGUAUAGAAAGUAUGGUUCUUCAUCUGGUAAUCUUGCACAGCAAGAUAGCUUGAAACAGCCACACGUUCUUCUAAGUGGUAUGAACAACAGGUCGUCACAAGUACAAUCUACUCCUUCGAACCAAAACUAUAUCUCGCUGACACAAUUGAAUGGGUUGGAGAAUUUCAGUUCACAGGAUGUACCAAUUUCUGCAUCAGCAACGCGUGACUUGACCCGCAACAACAGCACUGUCAAUAAUAAUAAUAAUAAUAACAAAAGAAACACAAUGUAUACUGACUCAGAAGCCGGUACAGGUAUAAUAUUCAGAUACAAGGCUAAAGCAUUAUACAGUUACGAUGCAAAUCCUGAUGAUAUCAAUGAAAUCUCAUUUAUUAAAGAUGAAAUAUUGGAAGUUGACGAUAUUGAUGGAAAAUGGUGGCAAGCAAGAAGAGCAAAUGGGCAAGUGGGAAUAUGUCCCUCGAAUUAUGUUAAAUUGAUUGAUACUUAG